AUUUGCUACUGUCAUUACAGACCGAAGCGCAAACAAACACACAAGAUCAUCCAGUCCGACUGAUAAUGACGUUUAUGGACAAUUUGUCCACAUUAAUGGCUUAAUUCAUUUCACAGUUUUCCACAGAGCCACAGAGUGUGUGAGUUUGUGUGAGCUGCCGCUGGCUGCACACACAGUUCUAGGCGGACUGAGAUAGGCGAUCUUCGACGCGAUCGCUAAAAAACGUACGCUGGUAGCAUAAGUGGCUUCGAACAGAGCUAGUUUAAUUUAGUCAUUUCGUGGAGAGCGUGAAUGAUGUGCGAUGCUUUGAGCUGAGAUAUUUAAAAUUUUUCACAAAUCAACAAAUCAACAACUACUUAAUUAAAAGAUAUUUCAACAAUUAGUGCCAUAGCUCAAGUUACAUGUCCAGUCAUUAAAUAUAUAAAAAUUAAAAAUAAUUUAAGUUGUUAAUGCAUAACGGGGAAUAUGAGUUUCUAUACGAAUUAUAACGCUAACGAACUCCCAACUGUAAAUCGUACUAGUCCUUGCGAAUCGGACUCGUCUAAUGGUGCUGGCAGUGGUUCUAGUACAACAAAACCGAGACAUGAGGUCAAUGCCAGGGAACGUUGCCGUACACAAAGUGUUAACACCGCGUUUACCACUUUACGUUCUUUAAUACCAACUGAACCGUAUAACAGAAAGUUAUCAAAAAUCGAAAUACUACGUUUAGCGAAGAGUUAUAUAUCUCAUCUAGAUGCAGUCAUUUUAACUGGUACUUCGGAAAAACCCUGUGCCGCCUAUUUUGCUCCACAUCAAUGCAAUGAUUUCUCGAUUGAGAAGGGACGAUCAAAUAUUUGUACAUUCUGUGCCAAGGCUACAAAUAAUAAAAACUGAAAAUUGAAAUUACACAUUAUUUAACAUAAUUUAGAGAUAAUUAUAGUUAU